UAGUUCUCGGCCCGGUUCAUCCGGUUGUUGGGCACCAGCAGACGCUUGUACUUGUCAUUCUGCUUCUUGCUCCUCAGCACCUGGAUGCUCUCCUUCACCAGCGCUUGCUUGGACUUCAGGCGGGAGUUGUGGACCGCCCUAGGGUCCCGAAAGAGCUGCACGAUGUGGAGCUUUACGGCCGGGUCCUUCAUCAGGGGCACCAGGGUGUUGAGGUCCAAAACACGCACCCCUUUAAUGACCACCACAGGGUACUUCUUGCACUCCCGCUCCAGAUCCCUGAUGUCCCGCUUGGGGCACUUGGCGCAGCGGUCCUCCUGGACCAGACCGACAUGGUGCCGCUUGUGAGCGUCGCACAGCGGCUCGGAGCACACAACCUUGUUCAUCUUCCAGCCGAAGAUGAAGGCGGUGGUGAGGUUCUGCGUGCCGGCGUAGAGCUUGAGCACGGAGAAGUCGCAGCGGAACAAGGCGCUCAUCAUGUCGCGCACGGCGCCCUGCAGGCUGCCCGCGUCGCCCGGGUACAAAGCCUGCCAGAUGUGCCACAUGGGCUCGUACAGGUAGAAGACAUCUGGGUGCUGGUUGAAGAGCUCCCCCAGGAACGACGAGCCGGUCCUCCAGGUGGCGUGCAAGUAGAUGUGCGUGCGGGGCCGGCUGCUGUUCCCGGGCGCCUCUGUGGCGUUAGCGCCGUCCACCUUGUCGCCGCGCUCCCACAGCACCGCCACUGCGUUCUUCAGGUCCGAGCAGCGGGACUGCUGCUGCAGCAGCUUGGCGCCAUGCAGCGACUUGUCUCCGAAGUCGAACACAUACGGGAUGAGCAGGAGCAGACCCGAGUAGGCGAGGAUCAGAAUCAAGUAUUUCUUUUGCAGCCUCCUCUUCAUCUCUUGGUUGUGGACGGGUCGCUGCAGUCAAAGCGCUGUGACGGCUGCAGCGAAGUUCUGGUCGAUCGGCAGUGAAGCGGCUGGGACUGUGGGGACGAAUAAGCCACGCCCCGUUUGCAAAAAAACACGCACACGCACACAAAUCUAUCAAGUUUGCCCACGCACACGCUUCAGUGUUGCACUUAAUGUAAUGUUGGAGCACUUUAAAGUGAUACAUGUCGCUUUUAAUUGUGCAUCUGAUGGAAAACUCUUUAAAAUCGCGUUGCUGGGAUGAGAGAGAAGUGCCGGAGACUUUUUACAGGGAAGAUUGCCCAGUGUUGCCAUCUUCUGUAACCGAGCAACGUUAGCUGCUGGAGUUUAAACUUAACAUAUCAGCUUUGGAUUCAAAAGACCAGGUACAAAAUCAAACUAUAACACCUCUGUUGUAAAUUGAUGUUUAUUUGGGGUGAAAUGUGCAAGGUUACAAAAAAGGCUUGAAUAAUAACUUCCUGUUCGUGACGUAACCGCGUAGUGAAUUGUGGGAAACAGGUAAAUAAAAUGCCGUGACCCUGCUUCCAUUGCAUAAUUGUAGCUCUUAUUUCAUUUUGCGUUAAUUUAAAAGUGUAAAUCAACAGUACAUGUAAAAUACAAUAAAGAAAUAGCUACAAAGUGCAUUUAAAUCCGCGUUUUGUUCCGCGCAUGCGCAACCCUAUUCAGGAAGCUAUCGUCGCGCGCUGUUGGGUGAAGAUGGUGCUGCAGUUCAGGCUGCUUAGGCUACAGAAACACACAAACAAUCAAACAAAUACAUAAAUAGACAGAUAAUUUACUCAUCUCCAAGAGAAAUGCACGGUGCGGUAUUGUGGUAUUAUGGCAUGAUGGUAUUACCCUGGUUAUAUUAGCGCGUUAUUUAGCGGCCAACCUGACAGAUAUUGGUCAUGGCUCACUGGAGCACCUUCGAGAAGGAGACGGAGAGGGAGACCAAGAAGCUGAUCAGGUGUGUUUGUAGUCUAGCGGAGGAUGAGGAGGAGCCCAACUUCCAGCUGGCACUCAAAUUUGCCUGGUCCAACUUCAGGUUCCAUCGUUUCCUGGAUGUGGACAGUCACAAAGUGCAGCGUAGCGUCAGUGGAAUCUAUGAGAAACUCAUGGUCCACUCGGAAGUGAGUAAAGCCGAAAGCUGGAUGAGGCUGACUGAGGAGUUCCUAAACUCACCUUUAUCUAAUUCCAACGAUACAAAGACCGAUGCCCACUACAGCAUACUGUCACUGCUGCUAUGCUUAUCGGGCUCGCCCUCCAACACCAACUUUACGGAGAGACCCCGUGUGAAGGAGGCUGAGCCAGAGGACAGCUUUGACUGGGCCACAUAUCUGAUGGAGGGAGAGGACGUAGACCGCGGCCCGUUCCCAGAUACGCCUGAGUGGUCUGAGGAGGAGAGCGAGGAUGAGGACGGCCAUCAGCCAAUCAGCAGGGAGGACUCCGGGAUCCAGCUGGACAAAACCCCCCAGGAGGACAAAGACAAUGCAAGCAAGACAGUCCCAGUCACGUGGACAGUGGGCGAACCCGAUGCCCGGGCCUGGCUCGAGCGGCAUGUGGUGACCCCCUACUGGGUGCCGCACAGCCCUCGAUUCGCCCACAGCCUCCAUUUGCACUCCAACCUGCUCAAUGUCUGGGACCAGCACCUGUACAACACGGAUCCCCUGUAUCUGCCUGAAGAAAAAGCCUUUGUCACAGAGACACAAGCUAUCAGAGAAACACUGUGGCUUCUGUCUGGGGUUAAGAAACACUUCUUAUUCCAGCAUCACGAUGGAAAAGUGUCAGUCAGGAAUAACGUGGUGGUAACUCAUCUCACCGGUAACUGCCUGCGCUCCGUGCUGGAGCACAUCGCCGUGUACGGCCAGGCGGUGUCGCGGCUGCAGAGGUUCAUCGACGAGGUGACGGGGCACAGCCCGGAGGUCGGCCCGGCCGGGUCUUGUUCCGCCCACGCCUCCAAGAGGGGCUCGGAGCCUCCCUUUAGGACCUACCAGGCCUUUGUGUGGGCCCUCAACAAGUUCUUCACCAGCUUCAAGGAGGAGCUUACAACCAUCGAGAGAGGACUCGUCUGCAAAGACGAGACGGUGACCCUGUCGGCCGUUCUGGAGCGCCUCAACCCUCACCUCGCUCAAAUCAAAGUGCUCCACAGGGUCUUCUGCACCGGGAUCGCCGAGGUCCCCCCCGAGACCCCCAACGUGGUGCGGGCGUCCCACCUGCUCAACACGCUGUACAAAGCCAUCAUCGAGUACGACAGCGUCGGAGAAGCUUCCGAGCAGACGGUGGCGUUACUCUUCUCACUGUGGACUGAGACCGUCAGACCAUACUUGGAGAUAGUGGACGAAUGGAUUGUCCACGGCCACCUGUUUGACCCCGCCAAGGAGUUCAUUAUCCAAAGGAACAAAGACGUGCCGGUGAACCACAGGGACUUCUGGUACGCCACCUACACGCUCUACAGCAUAUCCGAGACAGUGGAGAGCGAAAUGAACGACGCGGCCAGCGGCAGCUCCGGAGGCGACGCUGCCGGCACCGGCAACAGGCAGCUCACCAUGGUGUCCUUCCUCAAGCCCGUCCUCAAGCAGAUCAUCAUGGCCGGGAAGUCCAUGCAGCUGCUCAAAAACCUGCACUGUAAGGACCACCGACAAUCUGACAGGUCCUCGAGAGAUGCCGAGCGGAAGAGUUUAUACACGCUGUUCCUGGAGUCGGUCCAGUCUCGCCUCUGCAGCCAAGGCGACUCCCCCGCCGGCACGGUGACAGAGCAACAGGCCACGAGGAGGAGCCUGAUCAAGAUGCAGUCCAUCAUCGCGCAGCAUCUGGAGAUGGACGACCUCCACGACCCACUGCUGGCUAUCAACUUUGCCAGGCUCUACUUGGAGCAGAGCGACUUCCACGAGCGCUUCUCCAAGGACGACUUCACUGUGGAUCGCUCGUCCCAGGCGGUCACCUGCCAGACGUUCGAGCUUACGUUGCGCUCCUGCCUUUACCCUCACAUCCAGAAGCGCUACAUCGAGUGCUGCGGGAGCCUCAUGAAAACGCUCAAAAAGGACUACAAGCUGCUGGAGUACCUCCAAGCCAUGAGGAACUACUUCCUGCUGGAGGCCGGAGACACCAUGUACGACUUCUACACGGCCAUCUUUGACAAGGUGCAGGAGAAGGAGAGCUGGCAGCAGCCGUCCUUCCUCAACGUGCAGCUGCAGGAGGCCGUGGGACAGCGCUGUCCGGAGGACAGUAGCAGAUUGUCCAUCUUCUUGGAGGCAAUGGACCCAGCCCGGAAAAAACAUCCCGUCAAUAAUCUAGAAGUGCUGACCCUCAGUUACAAGGUUCCUUGGCCUGUCGAUAUUGUGAUCAGCUCCGAGUGCCAGAAGAUUUACAAUCAGGUGUUCCUGCUCCUGCUGCAGAUCAAGUGGGCCAAGUACAGUUUGGACACGCUUCGAUUCAGCGAUUUUAUGGACUGCACUAAGAAACUGGAGGGGGCGCCGGCUGACGGCAUGAAGGCCAAGGAGCCGGUGAAGCAGCAGAUUCAUCGCAUGUGUUUACUGAGGGUCAAACUCAUGCACUUUGUCAACAGCCUUCACAACUACAUCAUGACCAGGAUCCUGCACAGCACAGGCCUGGAGUUCCAGCACCAAGUGCAGGAGGCCAAGGACCUGGACCAGCUGAUCAAGAUCCAUUACAGAUAUUUGGCAACCAUUCACGACCGCUGCUUACUGAGGGAGAAGGUCAGCUUUGUCAAGGAAGCCAUCAUGAAGGUGCUCAAUCUGGUCCUCAUCUUCUCGGACCGAUGGCAAGCCGGAUUUGGAGCCUGGAAGAUUGAAUCCAUUGACAAAAUGGAGUCUGAUUUCAAAAACUGCCACAUGUUCCUGGUGACCAUCCUCAAUAAGGCCGUGUGCCGAGGCUCCUUCCCUCACCUGGAGUCCCUCGCCCUCUCGCUGAUGGCGGGCUUUGAGCAGUGCUGACAGGCAUCGGCUUGGACGCCAGCGGACUUUUUUCCAUGCCGUUGUCCUCUAAGCUCGCCACUUAGAGCUCUACGAGUCAACAGACUGUACAUAUAUUUGCUGUAAAUGUCUUUUUACCAGCUGUCUUGCUCAUAAUGUGGUACACGUAAAGCUCAAUACAGUAUUGAAGUCAUUUUUAAAAGGCAUGAGCACUCUUUUCCAUACAUUCAUUGAUUUAAGGCCACAAAUAAAUACAUUUGGCACUACCUGUUUGCCCUCGCUCAUAAACACAUUAUAACGCACCUGGUCUGCCAGAGAAUAAGAGGAUGAGUUUUGUCACUUUGGAUACCCCUGCACUAGGGGCCAUUUUUGCAUCUACAAGGGAUCUAAGCAUUUUGGUUCAGCAAUAACAUUUUUUGGCAUAUGCACUGAGGGAAGUAAAAUAUUAUCAACAUGAUA